CAAAGUAUGAUCUGGACAUCAAAGUUCCAAAUAAGUCGGGGCAAAAUUUCAAGUCAGUAGAGGAUAUGCUUGAGAUGUACAAAGAACUAUGCCGUGAGUACCCGAUUGUAUCAAUUGAAGAUCCAUUUGACAAGGAGGACUGGGAACAUGUCAAGCAUUUUUCCAGUCUUGGAAUUUGUCAGGUAGUAGGGGAUGGCUUGUUAAUGUCAAAUCCAAAACGUAUUCAAAGAGCAAUACAAGAGUUGGCGUGCAAUGCUCUUCUUCUCAAGGUAAACCAGAUUGGGACCGUGACAGAGGCCAUUGAAGUGGUGAAGCUGGCAAAGGACGCUAAUUGGGGAGUGGUGACAUCUCAUAGAUGUGGGGAAACUGAAGAUUCUUUCAUUGCUGAUUUAUCUGUUGGGCUUGCCACUGGUCAGAUCAAAGCCGGUGCUCCUUGCAGAGGAGAGCGGCUGGCAAAAUAUAACCAGUUGCUUCGAAUUGAGGAAGAGCUUGGGGAUCAAGCAGUUUAUGCUGGUCAAGAUUGGAGGCUAUCAUCCUGAUCAGCGCCCUUUGGUUCUGCCCUCACAUCUUUUUCUUUCUUUUUUCUUUCCCUUUAUCCUUUGCCACGUUUGUGGUUAAAAGAGUUUGAAUGGCUUAUCAAGCUAAACAACUUGAUAAUCUGUCACAAUGGGCGUGCCUCUUUUUUUUGUUUUUCUAGUGAUUGCUUCCUUUUUAUUAGGAGACUGAAGAACAUUCAAGAAUGUAAUCAAUUUGUUUACUUUUUUGUA